AUGACUUCCUCAAAAAAUAACCACUUCAUAUUAGUGCUAUCCACACUUUUAUUUAUCCUCCAAACACAAUCAUCUUUAGGAAACCAUUCCUCCACCGAUGGAUUUUUUCCGUGGGCACCUAAACAUGUCGUAAUUAUAAACAAAUUGACCACACAUGCAAGGUUGAUUGUGCAUUGCACGAACGAAAAUAAAGAUCUGGGGAUAAAAGAGCUUGCAUAUGGAGCUAGCUUUGACUUCAGGUUUCAUGUCAAUUUCCGCAAAACGACGACGUACAUAUGCAGUUUCGAGUGGCCCAAAAACAAGGUAAGAUUUGAUAUUUUCAGCACAUAUAGAGACGACAACGUAUUCAGUAAAGUUGGAGUUUGCAGAGAAUGUAUUUGGUACAUUUAUGAACCAGCCCCUUGUCGUGCUAAACGAGAUGGAGGUGCUUCUAUAUGCUUUGGUUGGGAUUCUUAA